CAGCUCUCCUCCCGGAUGACGUCACUUCAUUGAGUUGUUUAAGAUGGCGCUUCGGCCCGGAUCAGGGGGAGGUGGCAGCUUUAUAUACCCUGUAGGAGGGGGCGUUGGACCACCGCAAGGAAUGAUGCCCAUGCAGCAGCAGCAGCAACAGCAGCAGGGCUUUCCCAUGGUCCAGGUCAUGCAGCCCAACAUGCAAGGCAUGAUGGGAAUGAAUUUUGGAGCACAGAUGCCUGGUGCCAUGCCAAUACAGGGUGGGAUGGCGAUGGGCAUGCAGACUCCUGGGAUGCAGUUCAUGGGUCAGCCUCAGUUCAUGGGCAUGAGGGGCCCGGGGCCACAGUUCCCUGUGGACCUACAGAAACAGAUGGCCGAGGAGCAUCAAAAACGUCUGGAGCAGCAGCAGCGGAUGCUGGAGGAAGACCGGAAGAGAAGACAGUUUGAGGAGCAGAAACAGAAACUACGUCUACUGAGCAGCGUCAAACCCAAAACUGGGGAGAAGAGUCGUGACGAUGCCUUAGAGGCCAUCAAAGGAAAUCUAGACGGGUUCAGCAGAGAUGCCAAGAUGCAUCCAACACCAUCUUCACAGUCUAAGAAACCAGACUCAUCGCCAUCUCAUUCCUCUGUCACCUCUCAUACCCUUCCUCCUGCUUUCCCUGAAGAAGACGAUGAGUUUAGUGACUUUGUGCAGGGCCCCGUCGAUGCCUCCUCCUCGUUCCCCUCUUCAUCCCUCUUUCCAUCCUCCCCUCACACUAGCCAGCCAUUAGACACGGGGCCUGGCCAGCACCCCACUUCCUCCUCUCUCCCUCACUCUGUCCCUUCAUCUCUCCCUGUCUCACCUGCCAUCCAACACUCUUCUGUCAUCUCCAGCUCCCAAUCUGCAUUCCAAGGCCCAUCUCUGGAGGAGAUGAUGUUCACAUCUUGUGAUUUGACAGCUGAUAAGAAGGCCCAUGUUAGUUUUAAGCCUCACCAGGCUCUGUCUGAACUGAGUCCCAGAGUUCAUGUCACAGCUCAGUUUCACAGCAGCACCAGAGCCCGAAACUGGGCCCAAACUCAAGAUGACUUCAAUUCAGCCUUCAUCUUAGAGACGGCACCUGAGCCUCUACCUGCAACUCAGGCUCCCCCUGCAGCAGAUAACCCACCUGUCCAGCCCACUAGCACCAGCGGUGUGGGUGUCUACCCUCAACAAGACAUGCAACCCAUGGUGCCAGCCUGGUUGUACAAUGACUCGCUCAUCCCAGAAUUGUUCAUGAAGGUCCUUGAAUACACCAUGACACCAACAGGUAUUGACACAGCCAAACUCUACCCAAUUCUGAUAUCAUCGGGUCUGCCACGGGAAGCUCUCGGACAGAUUUGGGCCUUGGCCAACCGCACCACACCUGGCAAGCUGACCAAGGAAGAGCUGUACACCGUUCUGGCUUUGAUUGGAGUCGCCCAGAGUGGUCUUACAGUCAUGAGUUUGGACAUCUUGAGUCAGUUCCCCUCUCCGCCUGUGCCCAAUCUACCUGCCAUGGCUAUGGCUAUUCCUGCUGUCCUGCCUCAGCACCAGCAGCCCAUCAUGACCCAGCCGCCCGUGUCCAUGGCCAUGCCGGUUGCUGCACCGCCUGUCAUGGGCAUAACCCCAAACCCGCCCGCACAACCACCGGCCAGCUUCAUCACCAACUUCCCUCCUGUCCAGGCUACGAAGGCUGAUGAUGACGAUUUUCAGGACUUCCAGGAAGCCCCUAAAGCUGGCGCUGGAGAUGACUCAUUCACAGAUUUCCAAGGAGAAACUGGAGGAGCAUUUCCCAGCAUGACAUCAUCAUCCCAAAGCAGUGUUCCUGCCAUGCUAACUCCAGUGUCAGGGUCUUCAUCCUCCUCCUCCUCUGAUAAAUACGCAGUGUUUAAACAGUUGUCAGUGGAGCAGCCUGCAGAGCCCACACCUCCGGUCUCAGAUUCAGGCGACAAAUACAGUGUUUUCCGAGAGCUUGAGCAGCCUUCAGACAGAAAAACAGUUGGGGAGGGAUUUGCUGAUUUCAAGUCUGUCAGUGCCGACGAUGGCUUCACAGACUUUAAAACAGCCGACACCGUCUCUCCACUAGACCCACCAGACCAGGCCAAGUUCCAGCCAACUUUUCCUCCUCCUUUCUCUUCUUCUCAGUCUCUGUCCCAUUCGCAGCCAACCUCUCUGGCUCAACCUAGAAAUCCUCUCAACAUGGCAGACCUGGACCUCUUCACUACAAUGGCUCCUCCUGCUCCCACUACCACUGGUGACUCCAAACUCAACCUGUUCCCUUCAGCGCCGCCAUCCCUGGUAUUGCCCUCAGUUACAAAACCUCCUAGCAUAGGGGGUGAUGAUUUUGGCGAUUUUGCUCUUUUUGGCUCCUCGGCGUCCUCCGAAGUAGCUCCCACCACCUCUACAGUAGGGAGAGGAACUGGGAUGGCAGUUCAGGACGACUUUGCUGACUUCAUGGCGUUCGGGAGCUCGAGAGAUCAAAGAAACGAGACCAGCUCUGGAGACGGGGGUGGAGAGGCCCAGACGGAGACGUCCCAGCAGAGGCAGCAAAUCGGCACUGAUAAGUACGACGUCUUCAAGCAGCUUUCACUAGAAGGUGGCCUGGCCUAUGACGAUAACAAAGAAAGCGGUGGGGGCUCGUUCUCGUCACUCAAGAGCGACAAUGACGACUUUGCAGAUUUCCAGUCCUCCAAAUUCUGUACGGCGCUGGGCGCGUCCGACAAGAGCCUGGUGGACAAAGUGGCUGCUUUCAAGCAGGCCAAAGAGGACUCUGCCUCCGUGAAAUCCCUGGACCUCCCGUCCAUUGGGGGCAGCAGCGUGGGGAAGGAGGACUCGGAGGAUGCGCUCUCAGUACAGCUAGACAUGAAGUUGUCGGACAUGGGUGGAGACCUGAAGCAUGUGAUGUCUGAUAGCUCUCUAGAUCUCCCCGGUUUGUCAUCCCAUCAACCCCCUGCUGCAGAGUCUGAUGAUUUAAAAUUUGACCCCUUUGGUACAUCCGCCGUCAGCAGUCUUGGCAGCUACGACUGGUCCGACAAGGAAGAUCUCUCGUCUGGUCAAGGUAAGAAGCACCAGGGAGGACUGCCAUCUUCAGCUGUCGUCCAGAGGAAAGAGACGUAUUUCGGGAGCUCAGAGAACAUCACCCACACCACAGUUGCCAAGGUGACCACCUUCCCAAUUGAAGAUGGUGGCUCCACCACCGAAAGCCGGUUUGAUGCCUUCGCCGACUUUGGCUGCAUUGAGCAGGCCGGUCAAGACGACAACGAUGACUUUGGAGACUUUGCCAGCACAGUUUCUGAGAAAUCCGACUCCCCUCCUGGAACCACAGAAGCGGAGGGCAACCAGGGUGAAUUGACAGAUGAGUUUGGAGCCUUCCAAGGUGACAAGCCCAAAUUUGGCAAGUCGGACUUCUUGAAAGCCAGCACGCAGGCCAAAGUGAAAUCCAGUGAAGAGAUGAUCAAGAACGAACUCGCCACCUUUGACUUGUCUGUGCAGGGAUCCCAUAAGCGCAGCCACAGUCUGGGAGAGAAAGAAAUUGUCCGGUCCAUCCCCUCUCCUGCCCCUGAACAGCCCUUCAGAGACCGAUCCAACACCCUAAAUGAAAAACCUGCGCUGCCGAUCAUCCGAGACAAGUACAAGGACCUCACAGGAGAGGUGGAGGAGAGUGAGCGAUAUGCGUACGAAUGGCAGAGGUGUUUGGAGAGUGCUCUGCAGGUCAUCACCACCGCCAAUAACACCCUUAAUGGCAUCAGCAGCUCCACGGUGUGCACAGAGGUCAUCCAAUCAGCACAGGGCAUGGAGUACCUGCUGGGUGUGGUGGAGGUGUAUCGUGUGACCAAGCGUGUAGAGCUGGGGAUAAAAGCCACGGCCGUUUGUUCCGAGAAACUGCAGGAGCUGCUUAAAGACAUCAGCCGCGUGUGGAACAAUCUGAUGGGCUUCAUGUCACUGGCAAACCUCUCUCCUGAUGAGAGCUCACUGGACUUCUCCUCCUGUAUAUUGAGGCCAGGCAUUAAGAAUGCCAAAGAGCUGGCGUGUGGAGUGUGUCUGCUCAACGUGGACUCGCGCAGCAAGAAGAAAGACGAGAACACUUUUGGACGCCUGUUUAAAAGAGCACUGACAAAAGACAGUCGCUCCAAAUUAAGGGUAGGAUGCACUCUGUGUUUGCAAUCAGAUAGUAAUUAACCUUUCCGCCAGCUAAACAAGGUCAGUUGAAUUAGGAUGACCUUUUCAGUGACUCUGAGCCACCUGUUCAUCUGCAGAAAAACAGAGCUUGUGCUGCAGCUGCCGCCCCUCACACACACACACACACAUGUACGCGUAUAUACCACCGGAUCAGAUGUUUCAUCACACAACAUUGUUCAAAUUUCUUCUCAGACACACAUCUUUGUACUACAACAACAAGGCAAGGCUGGAAAGAAUUGAGAAAGUGUAAGUGUGUAAGAGAGACAGACAGAUAGACAGGGAACUCUAAAUCUGAUGUUCUCUGUGAUGCUUUAAAAUAACUCUUGACCAGGGUUUGGUAUCGCCAGCAACCAUACAAUACAGUAGAUAUUAGGUUAUGUUUACAUGCAGUAGUUUUCCUCAAUCCAGUUCAGUUUCAGAUUCUGAAAGUUUUCUUUAUAAGAACCUUAAAUUCUGCAAUCCAGUUUGUUUUCUUUGUGCAUUACAUGUAUUUAAAAACAGAUUUCAGGAAGAGUAGGGUUGGGGAUCGAAAAUCGAUUCAGAUUCCAGAAUUGGAUACUUAAAGGAACACUCCAUUUUUUAAAUCUGUGAUUAUGAAACAAGUACAUCUUAAGUCAUUAAAUAAUUUAUUCAUAAAUGACAUGUCGUUUUGUUUAGUUGUCUAAUGUGUUAUCUUCAGACUGAUAAGAGAUCCCCAACUUCCAGUUUAUCCCGAAUCAUGUAAUUCUAUUUUGCACACAAACAGCUCUUAAAGAGUCCAGUUUUUAUGUAGCCUGUUGAUUUUUGUUCAUGGUAUUCAGCUCCAAUAAAUGGUUUGCAAAAAGGAGACACAGGAUAAAUGUUUCAUAUCGUUAUUUAAUCACAUUGGAAUCAAAAAUGGGAACCGAAAGAGAAUCAGAAUCGAUUAGCAGAAUUGGAAUCGGAACUGAUAAAAUUCAAACGAUACCCAACCCAAGCAAGAACGUUAAGAACCAAAGAAAUCACAAUCACAGUAAUGCCAUCAGAGCUACUGCAUGUAUGACUGUUGUUAUUGCCCUGACUGUCAGAGGAAUAUUUGAGCAAAUAUUUUCUCUUUUACAAACCAGUUUGUAAGACAUGAGAUUUAAAUAAACAUAUGCGCAUUUGUAAGACGUAUAAUAUAUGUAAACCUAUGCAUCAUGGCAUUGUGCAUCUGUGCGAGCCGUUUUUAAAUCCAAUUGAGCAAAUAAUUAGAUUUAAGUAUUUGCAUGUUUAAUUUUUUGCCAUUGAUCAGAUAUUUUUAGGUCUACACAGAUCCUUAUUUAAAUGUCAAAUUUUUAUUGAGCUCAAUUCUGUAGUUU